AUGACAAGUGUAACCAAAACCCUUGAGCGUUAUCGACGCUGCUGCUACACUCCACAAGAGAACAACAUCGAACGUGAGACACAGAGCUGGUACCAAGAGGCAACAAAAUUGAAGGCAAAGUAUGAAUCUCUUCAACGCACUCAAAGGCAUUUGCUCGGGGAGGAUCUUGGGCCCCUGAACGUGAAAGAGCUGCAAAAUCUUGAGAAACAGCUUGAAGAUGCUCUUGCACUUGCGAGGCAGAGAAAGCAGCAGGUUUUGAUAGAGCAAAUGGAAGAGCUGCGGAAAAAGGAACGUCACCUUGGAGACUUGAACAGGCAUCUCAAGCUUAAGCUAGAAGCUGAAGGACAAAAUCUUCAAGCCAUUCAAGACUUGUGGAACUCCGGUGCAGCAGAUGGAAGUAGCAGCUUCCAUGUGCAUCCUGCUCAAUCCAGCCAGAUGGACUGUGAUCCUGGGCCUGGUUUAUGCAAUGUUCUCAAAGACGAACAUCGAGUUGGUGAGCCAAUUAACGAGUCAUUGGGUUAA